UUGCCGUUAAUGCAAACUUCGCAGUCCCACGUUAUGUGUCGUUCAUUCUCUUGCCUUCGGUGUCCUACGCGAUUUAUCGCAGUUGACCUUUCAGGUGUCUUUGUGAUCACUCUUUUACCUUUUGGAUCUUUUCAUAUUAAUGGCGCCAUGUUCUGGCCACACGCCUUUGCUAGGCCAAAGAGGACGAACUUCGAAGGGAAGGGAACUCGACCAAGAAAGGCCUUUAUUUCCAACCACAUUAAAACAAGCGCCUGCUUGCUUUCUCCCUCUACCUCUCUUCUUAUCUCUCCUCUCCCUGAGUCAACCAAACCAAAAGGGGUGUGAUUUUUGAUCUGUAACUGUACUUGAACAUGUUUAACAAAUUGUGGGGCUUUGGCUGGAAAGUUGCUCGGGGCACAAGUGUGGUACAAAAAGCAUGGUUUUUUGGUCGUACCACCUCAUUCUAGUUCUUGUAGGAGUCCAUUCGGUUUCCGUCUGUUGCAAUGGUUGAUACAACUGUCAGGAUUUGACCCGAAUCUUGCCAGUUCAGUCUUGCUUUCAGCUGAUUCCUGAUUCGAUUUCUGAGACCCCAUCUGUGGGUAUUUUGAAUUCUCACGACUUUUUUGUCCCUUUUAACUGCUCCCGGUGAUCAGAUUUCAAGUUUCAGUUCACCUUCUGGUUUUGCCCUGUCGCAUACCAGAAGCCAUCUAUUUGCUUAUUUACAAUUACUCAUGGCAUUUGGAGGCAUCAGAUGCUUGGAUUGGAGAAGUUGAUGAACUCACUUUUUCAUUUUUGUGGUGGAGAAUUUUUUUCCAUCAACAACUGAAGCCUAGGUGUUUGUCAAAAAGCUUAAAUCUACUGUCAGCAUAAAAGAAAUUGCGGCAAGCUAGACUAUUUGGAGAGUCCAAUGGGUACUCUGAACAAUGAUGAACGCAGAGAGAUUGAGAAUUUGAACGCUGAAGAAAUGGAAGGAGUUCGAAUAGUUCCGGAGGAUGUGAGUAGAAUAGCACCAUGGACAAGACAGAUCACACUUCGAGGGCUUAUAGCUAGCAUACUCAUUGGAAUAAUUUAUAGUGUGAUCGUGAUGAAGUUGAAUCUCACAACCGGGCUAGUCCCCAAUCUCAACGUAUCAGCUGCUCUUCUUGGCUUUGUCUUCAUCCGAACAUGGGCUAAACUGCUUGAAAAGGCUAAAAUUGUUUCAACACCAUUCACUAAACAGGAGAAUACCAUCAUUCAGACUUGUGCUGUGGCAUGCUAUAGCAUCGCAGUAGGAGGUGGUUUUGGGUCUUACCUUUUGGGUCUGAACAGGAAGACUUAUGAACAAGUAGGGGUCGAAACCGAAGGGAAUACUCCUGGGAGCACCAAGGAACCUGGGAUUGGUUGGAUGACUGGUUUUCUCUUUGUGACAAGCUUCGUUGGGCUUUUGGCUUUGGUUCCUCUUAGAAAGGUUGUAAGUUUAUGCAAUUUAUGCAAACAGGUAUUGAUAAUAGACUACAAAUUAAUGUAUCCAAGUGGAACUGCCACUGCUGUUCUUAUAAACGGCUUCCAUACCACUAAAAGGGAUGAGCUGGCCAAGAAGCAGGUACAUGGUUUCAUGAAAUACUUCUCUUUGAGUUUUUUCUGGGCUCUCUUUCAGUGGUUCUAUUCAGGUGGAGAUCAAUGUGGAUUUGUUCAGUUUCCUACAUUUGGAUUGAAAGCCUGGCGUAACUCAUUCUACUUUGAUUUUAGUAUGACUUACAUUGGAGCUGGGAUGAUUUGUUCGCAUCUCGUCAACUUAUCUUUGCUUCUUGGUGCUGUGCUUUCAUGGGGUAUCAUGUGGCCGUUGAUCAGGGGACUAAAAGGAGAGUGGUUUCCUAAAAAUUUAUCAGAAAGCAGUAUGAAGAGUCUUAAUGGUUAUAAGGUUUUCAUUUCCAUUGCCUUGAUCCUUGGUGAUGGGCUUUACAACUUCUUCAAAAUAAUUUAUUUCACCGCCGCAAAUAUCAUUCUCAGAAUGAAAAGGAGGAACAUUAAAGAAGCAUCCGACAACCAGAGGAUGCCCCUUGAUGAUCUUCGACAGAAUGAAGUGUUCAUUAGAGAAAGCAUUCCUAUCUGGCUGGCAUGUGCAGGAUACACAUUGUUCGCCAUUGUUUCUAUCAUUAUAAUCCCAUUGAUGUUCCCAGAGUUAAAGUGGUAUUACAUAGUGGUGGCCUAUCUGCUUGCACCUUCUCUUAGCUUCUGUAAUGCCUAUGGUGCUGGCUUAACCGACAUGAACAUGGCCUAUAACUAUGGGAAAGUGGCUCUAUUUGUGCUGGCAGCCUUGGCCGGCAAAGAGAAUGGAGUGGUUGCUGGACUUGUGGGUUGUGGCCUGAUUAAAUCCAUUGUUUCCAUCUCAUCUGAUUUGAUGCAUGAUUUCAAGACUGGCCAUCUCACCUUCACUUCCCCUCGUGCAAUGCUUCUGACACAGGCUAUAGGGACGGCAAUAGGAUGUGUGGUAGCUCCUCUCACAUUCUUCCUCUUCUACAAGGCUUUUGAUGUGGGAAAUCCAGAUGGUGAGUACAAGGCCCCAUAUGCCCUUGUAUACAGAAACAUGGCAAUCUUGGGUGUCCAAGGCUUUUCAGCCCUGCCCCAUCAUUGCUUGCAGCUGUGUUACGGGGCUUUCGCGUUUGCAAUAGCAGCCAACUUGGUGAGAGAUCUGAACCCUAGAAAUAUUGGGAAAUGGGUUCCUCUUCCAAUGGCAAUGGCGGUGCCAUUUUUAGUUGGGGCUUACUUUGCAAUAGACAUGUGCGUGGGCAGUUUGGUUGUGUAUGUUUGGCACUCACUAAACAGCAGGGAAGCUGGGUUGAUGAUCCCUGCAGUUGCUUCUGGAUUGAUUUGUGGAGAUGGGCUGUGGAUUCUGCCUUCAUCUAUUCUUGCUUUGCUUAAGAUUCGUCCUCCAAUCUGCAUGAGCUUCUUGCCCUCUAGCUAGAAAGAGAUGGAAUUGCCUGGACCUUCGUUGCAUAUGGCAUUUAGCUUAUAGAGAUUCAGUUCUUAGUCAAUUGCGAAUCUAGAAUGAUGUGUAGACAGGUUGAAAUGGCCCAAGUAGAUGGAUAUCAAUAAAACUGUAACAGCAAAGCAAAUCAAAUGAACUAUAAUUAGUUAUCUAUUUAUUUUUGUGGGA